AUGGAAACCAACAAUCAAAAAACCCUAAUUAACUUAUCCCGUCUUCCGAUUCCAACAUUGAAAGAAACAGCAGAACGUUAUAAGAAUUGUUUAUUACCUCUUUUAUCCACAUCGGAUUAUAAUCGAGCAGCCAAUGUCGUUGAUGAAUUUAUGAAGGAAGUUCUUCAAGGAAAGAUUAUACGAUACAAUAGAGUACCUUUACUUAUAAAUUAUAAUUGGUGGAUCGAGUUCAAUGAUCCUGUUACCGGAAUUUUAGAAAAUCCUCCCAAAAAGGUCAAAUAUCCGAGUUUCAAAUCGAUAGAGCUGCUAGCAAAAUAUGUUGACAUUUAA